AUGGGUUUUAAACGAUUACAUGAGUUUAAUAUUGCACUGUUAGCCAAGCAGGGGUGGCGGCUUUUAACCAGUCUGGAGUCCCUUGUGGCUCGUGUAUUUAAGGCCAGGUACUAUUCUACUUCCUCGUUUUAUGAAGCCACAAUUGGGGGUAACCCGAGUUAUGCGUGGAGGAGUAUUUUAGCAGGUCAGGCUUUGCUAAAGGCGGGUUGCAGGCGCAGGAUUGGUAAUGGUAGGUCCACCAGAGUUGUUAAUCAUCCGUGGCUGCCUGAUGUUGUUGAUCCCUAUGUAGUCUCAAACCAUCCAGGUUUGGGGCAGGAGCUUCUGGUUUCGGACCUGAUUGAUAGUACCACCAAUGGGUGGAAUAAUAACCUGCUGGAUGAGUUGUUUGCCCCACGAGAUGUUUUGUUGAUUAAGCAGCUUCCUGUGAAUUUGAAUUGUGAUGAUGUCUGGUUUUGGGACAGGGAUCUGAGGGGUUGCUACUCGGUUAAAGAUGGCUACAGGAGGAUGGGAGAGGUCAACGGCCCGUGUUUGCCUGCAUGGAAUAAUUUAUGGAGUUUACAGGUCCCCCCUAGAUGGAGGAUAUUUAUGUGGAGAGCUUUGUCUAACAUUCUGCCCACUCUUGAUAAUUUGCUUAAUAGAAGAGUAGAGUUGAUUAAUAUAUGCCCAGCGUGUGGUGUGGGGGAGGAGAACAUCAUGCAUGCUUUAUGUACUUGCCCUUUUGCUUCACAAGUGUGGAAUUUGUCACAUCUGCUAAUACCUUCUUUUGAUAACAGGAAUUUCGGCCAAUGGACUGAUCUUUGGCUUGGUAGCACAAGUACUUAUAGUGCUGAGGCACGAGGAAGGAUUUGUGACUUGUUAUAUGACAUUUGGGCUGCAAGGAAUGAGGUAGUUUGGAAUGGUUGUUUGCCUAUGCCGUGUAUGGUGGUCAGGAGGUUCACAGUGAAGUGGAUUUCUUGGACUACUGUGGAACACCAAAGGGGAAUCACGCGCAGAGCCCAUGAUGGUCCCAGUUCGGCUGCUUUGUUGGAUGAUGGUGUGGUCUGUCAUGUUGAUGCAGGCUUCAAUGGGCCGACACAGGUGCCGGCAUACGGUUUUGUAGUGCAUGAGUUGGAUGGAACUUUUGUGGCGGCAAGAAAUGGCCCUCUUAAUUGCCCAUAUGACCCCCUCUUGGCGGAAGCAAUGGCUAUGUGUGAGGCGUUAUCAUGGCUCAGGGAGAAUGGAUACUCGAGGAUCUCAGUGUGCUCCAAUAGUCUUGUCUUAGUUUCUAGUCUUAAGCAUGCAAGUUCAUUUCGUACUUAUUUUGCUUAUUAUUUGUUAGCUUGCAAUCGUUUGUUAUCUUCUAUGGCUAGAUCAGUUGUUAUUCAUGUUCGUAGGGAUGUUUUACAGGAUGCCCAUGUUAUGGCUAAGCAUGUAACUACCUCUCUGGUGCGAACUAUCUGGAGGGAUUUACCCCCUUCUUUUCUUGAGCCUAGAAUGGCUAAUGCAGUAUAA